AUGCAUUACACAAAAUGUGUGUGUGACCCAGACCUCAGGUCCAUCAGGCUGGUUGGUUCUGGGGGAGACUGUGCAGGAAGGCUGGAGGUUUUCCACAGUGGCUCGUGGGGGACAGUGUGUGAUGACUCGUGGGAUAUUGAGGAUGCGCAGGUGGUGUGCAGACAGUUGCAGUGUGGAGUGGCCCUCAGUACCCACAUACCAGCCUGGUUUGGUCCUGGAACUGGGUCCAUAUGGCUGAAUGAGGUGGAGUGUGAGGGGAACGAGACGUCCCUGUGGAACUGCAGAUUUCAGCUGUGUGAAGAGGGUGACUGUGGACACCAGGAGGACGUAGGAGUCGUGUGCUCAGGUACAGUAAAUGCGUUCGCCCUGUCUGGUGAUCACGAGUUCGAAUCCCAACGAUGGCCUGGAGUCCAAGAGAGCAAAAUUGGCCUUGCUCUCAGGGUGGGAGGGUCAGUUCUUGUUGAUGUAUCAUUGUGUUGUAGUGAGCUGUGUGACUGGAGCUGUUAUUCAGCGUUGGUGUGUUUCCUCAUGUGUGAUGUGUGUGAUGUAGAGCACUGGUCUCUCAGGCUGAGUGGAGUAGAGGGAAGCUGCUCUGGGAGGUUGGAGGUGUAUCAUAACGCUACGUGGGGCUCCGUUUGUGAUGAUCAGUGGAACAUCAGUAACGCUCGGGUGGUGUGCAGACAGCUGGGCUGUGGGUCGGCGCUGAGUGCUGAUAGGAAUGUUAGUUCUGGUCCUGGUGAAGGGACUAUCUGGCUGAACAGAGUGAAGUGUCGAGGGGAUGAGAUUCACCUGUGGGACUGUCAUCAUUCCCUGAAGAACCACACUGACUGCUCUCCUGCUGGAGUCACCUGUGCAGAUAUUAGUUUGAAAGCUCAGACCCUAAACUGUAAUACACUGAUCAGCAGGUCAUAA